GGUCAGACCCACACUCCUUAUCAGGAGGUGGCAGUGAUGCAUCAAAUGUUGUUUGCCAAACGCCACAUAAAACCAAAGAAGAAGAAUCCAGACGAGUUGGGAGAGUGCGCUGAUAGAAAAAUGUCAGCGCUGCCUGAUGGCAAGAAGCUGGUCCGUAGCCCGAGCGGACUCCGUAUGGUGCCGGAGAACGGGGCAUUUAACAGCCCGUUCUCGCUAGACGAACCGCAGUGGGUGCCGGAUAAAGAGUGUCCCAGAUGCAUGCAGUGUGAGGCCAAGUUUGACUUCAUCACCAGAAAGCACCACUGCCGGCGGUGUGGCCGGUGCUUCUGUGAUAAGUGCUGCAGUAAGAAGGCUCCGCUGCCCCGGAUGUGCUUCGUGGACCCAGUCAGGCAGUGUGGAGACUGCAGCGCCACCUCUGGCAGGGAGGGGGACUUUUAUGACAGACAGCUCAAAGUUCUCAUGGGGGGCGGGACCUUUGAAGUGACCGUGGGCUCCUCUGAGAAAUCAGAAACUAUGACAUGCCGUCUGUCCAACAACCACAGAUAUCUCUUCCUGGAUGGGGACAGCAGCCAUUUUGAGGUGGAACUCUCGCGCAUCUCCAGCAUGCAGGUGUUGACAGAGGGCUCUACUCCUGAAGAGCGAGACAUACACACUUACACCAGUCUGCUGGAGAGCACGUUUCUCUCAGAAGGGGGUGUGUCUCGUGCGUGUGGGAUGCUCCUGCUCCAUCGCCCCCCCGGCUCAGAGGACCCCCAGCAGGUGCGUCUGGAGGGGAGCGGAGACAACAAGAACAACAAGACCCCCUGGCUCAGCGCCAUGCACAAGGCUGCCAAACUCCUGUAUGAGUUGCGUGACUAGACACACACACACACACACACACACACACACACACACACACACACACACCCCGAGAGGGAGAGAGGGAGAUGAGCCGAGGACCAAGUGAUUCUUCAGCUUCAGGCCUUCGUCUCCACAGCGGACCUGGACUUGGCCUGUGUGUGUGUGUGAGUGUGUGUGUGAGUGUGUGUGUGUGUGU